CACGCUCAUUCUUUCCACCCUCUUAGCGCCUUCAACACAAAUCUCUCUUCUUUCACCCCGUGACUUUCUCUCGUGCUGUCUGCUCAGAUUUCCCCCUCCCUUUCCCCACAUUUCCUCUUCCUUACUCUGGUCUUUCUUCUCUCCCUUCCCUUCAAUUUUUCUUUUUCUCCUCCAGCUCCCCUAAAGCCGAGGAGGCAGAAGUUGGAGCUGGUAGAACCUUUGCCUCAGUUUGGGAGGGAAGGCACUGGGUGCUCAGGCAUCCGUCCACAGGCCAAGGUGCUGGGUCAAGUCACAUUCCGACCUUGAGGCUCCUCUUCCCUUUUUUCUUUCCGCCUUCUCUCUCUUUUUUGUGUCUCUUCUUCCAUCCUUCUCUCCCCCCCUUCCUCUUCACUCCCCCCCUCCCUUUCCUCCCGUCUUCUUUCCUCCCCAAUUUGCCUCCGCCCCCCCCCCCCCCCCACCUUCCCUCGGGUUUCCCCACUCCCUUCCAGCGCGCCGCCCACGCCCCAGGCCCAGAACUGCUUUCUCUAAGCGGAGGGCCGCGAGGAGGCGGGGCGGCCGCCGGGGCUCUGGGGUGGGGUAGGGUGAGGAAGGCUCGGCUGACUCCCUCCCUAGGCGGGUCUAAUGGGGUAGCCCCUGACCCUGACUCCUUGGCGGCUCCUUCCACCUGCUGGGACAGAGGGGAGGAGCUGGGGGAGGAGCGAGGGGCGGUGCCCUCGGGGAUGGGCCUGGGGCGGGAGCUGGAGUUGGGGCUUAGCGCUGUCCUCAGUCCGAGCCGGGCGGGAGGCGUGAGGUAGCCGGGGUGCGAGGCGUGGGAGAGCGAUCCGAAGAGAGCUCAGGGGAAGUCCGGGCAACGGGAGGGGAGGGCGAAGAUUUGGGGGCUCCGACAGGUCCCCAUGGCCGGAGUUCGCCGCCUUCGGUUCUGCGGCCUCAGGAUCUCCCUGCUCCUGGGGUGGCUGCUCUCCGGGGCCGGCGCCUUCAACUUAGACGUGAUGGGUGCUCUGCGCAAGGAGGGAGACCCUGGCAGCCUUUUCGGAUUCUCUGUGGCCCUGCACCAGCAGCUCCGUCCCCGUCCCCAGAGCUGGCUUUUGGUAGGUGCUCCCCAAGCGGUGGCCCUCCCCAGCCAGGCAGCUAACCGUACUGGAGGCCUUUACGCCUGCCCUCUGACCCGUGAUGAGAGUGAUUGCUACCGAGUGGACAUCGACCAAGGAGCUGAAGUGCAGAAGGAGAGCAAAGAGAACCAGUGGCUGGGUGUCAGUCUCCGGAGCCAGGGCCCUGGGGGCAAGGUUGUGACCUGUGCCCACUUGUAUGAGGCAAGGCAGCGGGUGGCCCAGACCCUGGAGACUCGAGAUGUGAUCGGCCGAUGUUUUGUGCUGAGUGAAGAUUUGACGAUCCGGGAUGAGCUGGAUGGAGGAGAGUGGAAAUUCUGCGAGGGACGGCCCCAGGGCCAUGACCAGUUUGGAUUCUGUCAGCAGGGAACCUCAGCUGCUUUCUCUCCUGACAACCAUUAUCUCCUCUUUGGGGCCCCUGGAACCUACAACUGGAAGGGGUUACUCUUUAUGACCAACAUUGAUAGCUCAGAUCCUGACCAGCUGGUGUAUAAAACCCUGGAACCCGCUGACCGGCUCACGGCACCAGCUGGAGACUUGGCUCUCAAUAGCUACUUAGGAUUUUCCAUUGACUCAGGGAAGGGCCUGGUGAGGGCAGAUGAGCUGAGCUUUGUGGCAGGGGCCCCAAGGGCCAACCACACGGGCGCUGUGGUGAUUCUUCGAAGGGACAGUGCCAGCCGACUGGUGCCCGAGGCUGUACUGUCUGGGGAUCGCCUGACAUCUGGCUUUGGCUAUUCGCUAGCUGUGGCCGACCUCAACAAUGAUGGCUGGACGGAUUUGGUGGUGGGUGCCCCCUAUUUCUUUGAACGACAGGAGGAGCUGGGGGGUGCUGUGUAUGUAUACGUGAACCAGGCAGGGCGCUGGGCAGGGGCUUCUCCUGUUCGUCUCUUUGGAUCUCCUGGCUCUAUGUUUGGGGUCAGUGUGGUCAACCUGGGGGACCUCAACCAGGACGGCUUUCCAGAUAUAGCUGUAGGCGCCCCCUUUGAUGGACAAGGAAAGGUCUUCAUCUAUCAUGGGAGUAGCCUGGGGGUUGUCCCCAAACCUGCCCAGGUGCUGGAGGGUGAGGCUGUGGGCAUUCAGAGCUUUGGUUAUUCGCUCUCUGGGGCCCUGGAUGUCGAUGGGAAUGCUUAUCCUGACUUGUUGGUGGGGUCACUGGCUGACACUGUUGCACUCUUCCGGUCCCAUCCCGUCCUCCAUGUAUCUCAUGACAUCUCUAUCUCACCUCAAGCCAUCGACCUAGAGCUGCCCAACUGUGCCGAUGGCCACAUGGUCUGUGUGGACCUCAGAGUCUGCUUCAGCUAUAUUGCCAAUCCCAGGAGCUACAAUCCCAGUGUGGGCCUCAAUUACGUUUUGGAUGGGGACACAGACCGGCGCCUCCGGGGUCAGGUUCCUCGUGUAUCCUUUCUCAAUCGAAGUCCUGCUGACCCCAAGCACCAAACCUCAGGCACUGUGUGGCUUCGGCACCAGAAUGACCAAGUGUGUGGGGAUGCCACAUUUCAGCUGCAAGAUAAUGUGAAGGAUAAGCUUCGGGCUGUCAUAGUGACCCUGUCCUACAACCUCCAGCCUUCAAGAAUCCAACGUCAAGUCUCUGGGCAAGAGUUGCUUCCACUGGCACCCAUCCUUAAUGCCCAUAAGCCCAAUACCCAGAGGGCAGAGGUCCACUUCCUCAAACAAGGUUGUGGAGAAGAUAAGAUCUGCCAGAGCAACUUGCAGCUCACCAGUGCCCGAUUCUGUGCCCGGGUUGGGGACACGGAGUUCCAGCCAUUGCCAAUGGAUAAAGAUGGAACCACAGCUGUGUUUGCCCUGAGUGGUCAGCCAGUCAUUGGUCUGGAGCUGACUGUCACCAAUCUGCCCUCAGACCCAGCCAAGCCUGAAGCUGAUGGUGAUGAUGCCCAUGAAGCUCAGCUCCUGGUUUCCCUCCCCAACUCUCUGCAUUAUGUUGGGGUGCGGGCUCUGGAGCCUGCGGAGAAACCCCUUUGUCUGUCUAAUGAGAAUGCUUCUCAAGUGGAGUGCGAGCUGGGAAAUCCUAUGAAGAGAGGAGCCCAGGUUACCUUCUACCUUAUCCUUGGAACUUCAGGAAUCACCAUUGAGACCACUAAGCUAGAGGUGGAGCUAUUACUGGCCACGAUCAGUGAGCAGGAGCUGCAUCCAGUUACUGCCCAUGCUCGAGUUGUCAUUGAGUUGCCACUGUCUAUAGUGGGGAAGGUAAUUCCUGAGAAGCUCUUCUUUUCUGGUGUAGUCAGGGGUGAGAGGGCCAUGCAGUCGGAGAAGGAUGUGGGCAGCAAGGUCAAGUAUGAGAUCACGGUCUCUAAUCAGGGACAGUCACUGAACACUCUGGGUUCAGCUUUCCUAAAUAUCAUGUGGCCACAUGAGAUUGCCAAUGGGAAAUGGCUCCUAUAUCCAAUGAGAGUGGAACUGGAGGGGAGUCGAGGACCUGGGCAGCAGGGGGACUGUAUUCCCAAGGCCAACAUCCUUGGACUGUACAGAGACAGUGGAGAUCGGAAGCGAAGGGAGCUGGAACAGCCAGAGCCAGAGUCCAGCAGCUCAGCCCCCUGGUGGCCUGUGGCCUCUGCAGAAAAGAAGAAAAAGAUCACCCUGGACUGUGCCAGAGGCACUGCCAAUUGCAUUGUCUACAGCUGCCCACUCUACAGCUUUGACCGGGAGGCAGUGCUUCAUGUCUGGGGCCGCCUAUGGAACAGUACUUUCCUGGAGGAAUACAUAGAUGUGAAAUCUCUGGAUCUGAUCGUCAGAGCCAACAUCACCAUCAAGUCAUCUAUACAGAAUCUGGUGCUCCGAGAUUCCUAUACAGAAAUCCCUGUGGCUGUGUACCUAGACCCCAUGGCUGUGGAGGCUGGUGGGGUCCCUUGGUGGGUCAUCUUAUUGGCUGUACUGGCUGGAAUCCUGGUGUUGGCUCUGCUCGUUCUUCUUAUGUGGAAGUGUGGUUUCUUUCAUCGGAGCAGCCGAGGCCGGCAAUUUGCCACCAAUUAUCACCGGGCCCAUCUGGCUGUGCAGCCCUCGGCCGCAGACCAAGGGGGCCCAGGCACUGUGGGGUGGGAUUCUUCAAGAGGAAGAGGUACCCCGAGGCCACAGUGCCCCAGUACCAUGCGGUAAAGAUCCCCCGUGAAGACCGGCAACUUUUCAAGGAGGAGAAGACAGGCACCAUCUUGAGGAACAACUGGGGUACCCCCCGGAGAGAAAGUACUGAUGGACAUCCUAUUUUGGGUCCUGAUGGGCACUCAGAACUGGGAACUGCCUAGCUCGGCUCUUCACUUCUCCUUGGCAUGGCUCUGCCAUUUAUCUUUUCUCUGGUCCUAAGGGCAGGCUGUCACCUCACAGUCUCCUAAAGAUGCCUUCUUAAGGUGCAGAGCAUGGGUGCAGAGAGAGUGGUUGUCCACAGAGCCAGCUUACCAAAAGGGUCCAGGAUCAUUGACUCUUCUCCUUGCCUUGUUGCUCUCUCUCCCAUUUCUCCCUUUAUAAUCUCCUUGGUUCUGGGAGUUUAUGGAGGCAGAUUCAGGGAGAGAGGAAGCAGGACCACUAUGCCAAUGAUAUCUUGACUUAGAAGGAGAGAGAGAAAGAAUCAUGGUUCUCUUUACUUCUGUUAAUUCUCAAAAAACCAUGUCCCUAGUGCCUCCCUGGAAGUGCCUUAGCCUUGGCAGAAAAGAGAAGGUGAGGCUGCCCCUGGGACUCCUCCCACACACCCUAGACACCACUUUGCUGGGCUGUCUCAGUGGUUUUUGUCUAUUUAUUAAAAAAUAUUUAAGUACCACAUUAAGGGCCCCUUUACGGUUCUCUGCUCCUACAUUUUCUGUACCAUUUUGAGCAUGAGGUGGGACUGAUAGAUCAACCCAGUGAUUUCUGGAGACAGACUUUAUUAGGGAGCCAGGGAAGAGAUGACAUGAUCAAAGUUGGGGCUGGGGAGAGGAGAGGAAACCUGGAUGGGUGGAAAGAAGAGGGAAAUAAUAGCUUGGGGUGUUAGGCAGAGAGAGGAGAGAAAGAGGAAGGAAGGGAAAGAGAAGAGAGAGAAGAGGAGAGAGAUAUGUAUGGAUAAAUGUCUACUCUUGAGUCCAUGGAUCAGUUCAUGAAACUACAAGUGAAGAGGGUUGUGGUGGAGCCAAUGGAGGGAUAAUUGGGAGAUGGGUAUUGAAGAAGAGGAAGGGGCCUAAUGGGAGAGCAGCAGAGAGGGUAAGAGAAGUGAGGAGGCCCAGCUAAGGAAGGAGAAGCCUCAAGUGAGAGGAAAGGGCAGAGAAGUCAUGGACCUCCCCUUCCAAGUGGGAGAGAGAGAGAGAGCAGGCUGGAGUGGAAGAAGAGAGGGAUGGAAUAACUCAGUUGGUCUUAUGGGCCCUAAGAUCAUUUCACAGCCAGUCCUAUGAUGUGGGGACCAACUGGUAGCCACUUGAAGGGAGGGGGUUGCCAUUUUAGUUGUAGUUUAGAAAACUUGGCUCUCUCCAGCUCUUUCCAGGUCUCCCUGGUGAGGUAGCAGCCAUCGCCAAUGUGCUUCCAGGUGGGUUCGACCACCCGCUGCCACAACAAGCCCCAAGUUCCAGGGGGCUCAGCCACGUGCUCCCAAAAAAAGAAGAUACCUCCCUUGGGUGGGAGGGAAGAGUUACAAAGUCACUUAGGGGUGGACCCUUUUUAACUCCCCCUAUUCUCCUGAACCCCAGGUAUUUUUAAACAGGGCUAUAACCUUUGGGAAAGGAAGGGUAUGUCCAAGCCUCCCCCCCCCUUUAAUCCUUUAUAGUAACUCUUCUCCUUACCCCACUUCCCUCCCCCCAGUCAAAGUCCCAAUCUCUGUUAUUUACUGCACUGUAUUUGAAUGAGAGGUACAUUACCAGGACCCAAUGGGAAGGCCACCCCCCCAAAGUCAGGGGCCUCAGGGUGUAGACUUGACUCUGCCAUGAAUUCGCUUGAGUAAAUUUCUUAACCACUUGA